AUGGCUCAGGACGUGGCCAGACAGGUCCAGGUUCAGCAGAAUCGUGCUCACGAAACUAGCGGGAAUGAGAGAGGCAUUGGACUUGCUGUCGGCUGGCUUGUGGCUGCGGUCGGAGUACCCCAGGCUAGUGGCAGACACGGCGGACCAUCAGCAAAGGCACUGGGGAAGCAGGCAAUGAGAGAAGGAGAAGCCGGUCCGUCUGAACCACGUGCUGCAAAAGCACGCGGUGGAAGUGUACUACCGGCUUCCACCAAAACGCGUCCAGCACUGAAUCUGGAGGGAGAGGCUGGACAGGGCAAUGAAAGGACUGCUGGCAACACGACCCUUCCAGCGUCUAGCAUUGAGCAGAAUCGAGCUCCGAGAGAUGAAGCUGAGGAUGCUGGCAACGAUGGAGAGGAACCGGACGCCGGCGUUACGGAGGCCCAAACCGCUGCUGCUGAAGGUGAAGGAGAGGACGAAGAGGGUCAAAUCGGGCAGUGGGCAGCCGAAGAGUAUGCCAUGGCUGCUGGAGCGAUUGCUCGAAGUGGUCUGCUAGCAAAGCAAGAUCCACCUAGCGACAGUUGA